AUGUUCAAUUUUAGCUACCCAGAAGAACCGGCUUUCGCUAUUGUUUCUAGUCAACGACGUCUGCCAGAAAGAACGACGCAAACGAUCGGAUGGAUUUCGGAUGUGCUUCAGCGCCGCAAUCAGGGAAGUGGUGAUUCUUGCCAGUUUGGAUGUUUAGACCGGUCUCAGCUCAGCGGAGCGACAGAUUACGCCAACGGGUCCGGAACGAAUCAGAUGCUGGACUUUAAGGUCGAAGUUUUGUCGCGAACCAUCGAUGACUAUCAGACAACAGCAGCUGAGCUGGAUACAAAGCAGAGCCUUUUGCCGUCAGUUCCUUUCAACGCAGAUCCUGAUUUCAAAGCAAAUCUGAAAAAUCGAGAAGAUGGUUUGCAGGCGAUGCGAGAGUUGGGUAAGGCGCAUUCGAAGAUAAAGAACUACAUAGAGGAUUUUGAAGAGAAUCUGCACAAGCAGAACAAGCUGAUCGCACUCCUUGAACAUGCCGGACUUUUCUAUCAAACCCAGCUGUCUGAAGCUGAGUUCGUCGAAACGGCUUACCGAAAAUUUGGUAGUGGUAUUAAUGCUGUAAGAAGCGAUGUGGAAGCGCUCGAAAAGUCUGAGCCAUUUCUUACUGUUUCGCCACCUCAAGACGCCCCUUCUCCGUCGCCUUUGGAUGACCCAUUUCCGCUGGGUGUUGAGGCAGUCAUUGCCGCACCGGAAUUAGACAGAGAAGAACCUGAAACACUGCUAUACAUUCGAAGGCAGGUCAUCGCCAACUCAUUUCUGCAGUCUUCCCAGCUGCACGCAAAACAGGAAACUUUGGUUGGGGGGAAAAUAAGGAAGAUCAAAGCUCGAAUUGAUACGCCCGACUGUCGUUUGAAUCCUGUCAGUGACAGUUUCAGUUCUGCGACUGGUGCAAUGGUCAGCGAGGCGCCGGUGGACCCUUUCGCGAUUGCCGGGGCGAAUACUGACGCGUCGCUGAUUCAUUUGAGUUCGUUGGACAGCCGUGAUGGGGGCUUCGUGGCUAAUUACGACCCCCAACAGCGACCGCCGCCAUUGCUGAUGCAUAUGCAGCGUUCGGAAGCGCUUCGGCAGAUGCCAACGCUUUUUAGCUCUCCUUGCGUUAGGCCGUUACCCCCUCCGCCACCACCGCCCUAUUUUGCAAACAGCGUAAUAUCGCCGCUGACAAACGCCUUUUCAACCCCUGAUCCGGUCGAUCCGGCAGUCGUACCUUCAUCUAUAGACAUGGCUUACUGCCCCCCAGCUUUUGGACAUGGAGAUUUUGACAUGAGAAGAAUGAUGCCGAGUGCUGUCGAACCUCUGGCUCCGCCUUCUAUGUCAUCACCGUCUUCACCUUUGCUCGCCUCUCAGGAAUGGUCGACAACGAUGUGGCAGCCGAUGGCACGCCCCGCCAGAAUCGCCGGGUUGUUGCCGAAGACCUUUCCACUUGUGGACGAUGAAUUUGUGAAUAUGAGGUGCAGUAGACGGGAAAGAACGCUCUUGAGUACACCUUGUGCAAGCCCUUCUUCGAACCUCCACAACCACGAAGGUAUUCCACAGCCUAUUCGAACAUCGUCACGACCUGCUCUGUUACCAGUGGAACCAAACGGCCAUACUUCCACGCAACCUGACCGGGUAGCUGAUGACAAUAACGAUGUGAUGGAAAGCUUUCCUUACUAA